GUCAGGCCAGGCCCAGCCCAGCCUGUGGGACUCAACAACUUCGGAGGCGUCAGUGAGAACCCUCCCACACUCCUCUCCUUGCCCGCCCACCCUGGUGGCCUGAGAUGACCAAGUCCCCUCUCUGGACUCCAGGGCUUCUAUGAGGAGGUGGCCAACCCACUGCUGACCGCAGUGGAGGUGGAAUACCCUGAGAACGCUAUCCUGGACCUGACCCGGAACACUUACCAGCACUUCUAUGAUGGCUCUGAGAUCGUGGUGGCUGGGCGCCUGGUGGACGAGGAAAUGAACAACUUUAAGGCGGAUGUGAAGGGCCACGGGGCGCUCACUGACCUGACCUUCACGGAGGAGGUGGACUUGAAGGAGAUGGAGAAGGCCCUGCAGGAGCAGGACUACAUUUUCGGGAGCUACAUUGAGCGGCUCUGGGCCUACCUCACCAUUGAGCAGCUGCUGGACAAACGCAAGAACGCCCAUGGAAGUGAGAAGGAGAACCUCACAGCCCAGGCCCUGGACCUGUCCCUCAAGUACCACUUUGUGACUCCACUGACCUCCAUGGUGGUGACCAAGCCUGAGGACAGUGACAACCAGAUGGCUAUUGCUGACAAGCCUGGCGAAGGUGGACACGGGGAGUGAAGGCCAGAACUGGGA